AUGAGGAGUAGUAUUCUUCGCUCCUCGCUCUCGUUCUCGUUUUCAUCCGCGGCAGACACCACGUCGCGAAGAAGAGAAAGAGAAAGAGGAGGAAGAAGACGAACGAGAACAGCGCCAAAGGCGCUCUUCUGUCGUCGUCGUUCUUUUUCUUUUUCUUCUCGGAGCGGAGGCGAUGAUGAUGAAAAUGAAAAUGAAAAUGAAAAUGAUGACGUGAAGAAGAAGAAGAAGAAGACGAAGAGUAAGACCAAAAGCCAAAAGGAGGAGGAAAAGGGGAUUUGGAAGUCAGAGAGAAAGAGGAGAGAGAUGCUUUUAACGACGACUUUAACGAUUCGCUCCGGGGUUGGUACGACGAUACAGACGAUACAGACGAUACAGACGAGAGCAGCUUUUGCGUUGGAGGAUUUUGCGAAAAGGGAGGAGGAAAAAGGUGUUUCCUGCGUCGAUGUGAAAGAAGGGGGCAAAGGGCAACUCGAAGAGAACGACGUGGUGUCGGUGAAUUACACCUUGUAUCUUUCCGAUGAAGACGGGACGCGGGGGAGUAAAAUCGAUUCGGCGAAGUUUUUCGUCUUUGGCGUGGGGACGGGAGAAGUCAUCGAAGGAUUCGAUGCCGGUUUGCUCGGCGGAGAUGGCGUUGGUCCGAUGAGAAUUGGAGGCGUGAGAGAAGUUUUGAUACCGCCGGCGUUGGCGUACGGCGCGAAAGAAGUCGGCGGGGGUCGGAUACCCGCGAACUCGUACCUAAAGUUCGUGGUAGAGUUGGUGCAGAUUAAGUAA